GAACACAACCCCUACAGGGAAACUGCCACUACCCACCAUUGCAGCUGCUUUCAAUCAUGCCGCCUCAACCUCCGCAACAUCUCCAGAAUACGCCCCUUUUUAACCAAUGAUACCACAAAGAUCCUACUUCACUCACUGGUCAUCUCUCGCCUCGACUACUGCAACUCCCUCCUCUCCAUCAUGAAUACGGCUGCCAGGCUCAUCCACCUUACCAACCAUUCAGUGUCUGCUACCCCUCUAUGCCAAUCCCUCCACUGGCUUCCACUCAGUGUCUGCCACCCCUCUCUGCCAAUCCCUCCACUGGCCUCCACUCAGUGUCCUCCAUCCCUCUCCGUUAAUCCCUCCACUGGCCUCCACUCAGUGUCCUCCAUCCCUCUCUGCCAAUCCCUCCACUGGCCUCCACUCAGUGUCCUCCACCCCUCUCUGCCAAUCCCUCCACUGGCCUCCACUCAGUGUCCUCCAUCCCUC